UACGCUACUACCAAGUGAAUUUUCUGUUUUCAUGUAUUAUAUAUAUAUAUAGAGAGUUUGGGUUUUAAUUUGUUGUUGUGUAAAUUUAAAAAUGAAGUCCUCUAGUGGGGGUGAACCACUAGUCAUCUAGAAUGCUUUUAAACAAAUUGGGUAUUGUGAGUUUCUUUGUAGCAUUUGCCAUCUAGUAUGCUUUAUAAACAAAUUGAGAAAUGUGUUGAGGUUACUAGUAUAAUUUUUGCAAUUUACUAUCUAAUUUUGCAAUUUAUACAUUGGGGAUAAAUUGUACGGCUAAAUUUCUAAAUAAGCAAGUAGUGUGUUAUGGUGCCUUGGCUUAUUUCUAUUAGCAUAGUAUAAAAGGCACAUUUUAGUACUCAAAUAUGUUGUUUGAUAGUAAUACUUGUUGUUAGCUAGGUGAAAUUGAAUAUUCACCUGCAUUGUUUGCUAGUGAAAUUUAUUGUGGAAAGUGAGUAAUUACUUCUAGCCUUUAUGUCGAUUUGCUAAUAUUUGCUUUCAUUAUCAAAUGGCAAAUAAAAUCAUUUGCAUAAGACGAAGGAGGUCAAGGUUGCAUCACUAAUUUUGAUUCCCUCCAUAUAAGAUUGUAUAUAUCAACUUCUCUGUACAAAUCACACUCUUGUUCUGUAUGUAUUUUGUGAGUUAUUAUCUGUUUUUAAAUCUUUAUUUUAUGCCCUGUUUUGAUAUUUAAUGUAGUAUUAAGGAUUGAACUUUGUCAAACCUUUUAUUAGUAUUAAUGUGAUUAUGUGCACUAAAGGAUAAUGUCUACAUAUAAUCUAGGAAACCUUAGUAGUAAUUGAUGAUGUGAACAUGUGUUGUUGGAAAUAUGCUAGUUAAUUUCAACAAAUUAAUUAGUCUUGAGCUUUAAUUUAUAUACCUUAAAUGUGAUACAUUUGUUUGUUUUAUAAAUCAUGUUACUAUGUUUAUUAUAAUAUCCUAUUAUUCACCUGUUUUUAAAUUCAAUUAUAAUGUAUCUUUUUUUGGGGAUUUCAAUUAAAGUGGAACAUGUACAAUAUCUUUGGAAAAUUGGAUGAUAUUGUUACCGUCAUAUUGGAAUGAUAAAGAUAGUGUAUGCUUACCCUUAAAUGUCAUAAUUUUUUGUAUAAUUCUGUCUUCAACUUUUUUUUUUUUUUUUUUCUGUGAUAUCUAGUUACCAUUGAUUUUACACAAGAAAAUUAAUGAUGGAUCAAAAUUGGAUGAACUACCCCGAUAAUUAGAUAAGUAUAAAAGAGGGUUGAAUGCAUUUCUUGAUCAUUCGUUUGCCUGCAAUGCCGUUGGGGAACAAAUUUGUUGUCCUUGCAAAAACUGUAAGAGACGAUUUUCCAUUAUAGACAUAAUGUAUAUGAUCAUUUGGUAGUUGAUGGGUUUAUGAAGGGAAACAAGGAGUGCGUUCUUCAAAAAGAAGAAUCUUCAUCACCUUGUAAUGACCCAAAACCUGGUGGUCAGAACACUUAUGAUGAUAUUCAUAGUUUAUUACAUGAUAAUUUUAAAGAUGUUGCUGAAGAAUCAAAUUCAUGCUAAGGGAUUGAAGAUGAACCGAAUGAGGAAGCUAAAAAGUUUUACAAGUUGGUUGAAGAAGGGAAACAAGAUUUAUAUCCCGAUUAUAAAACUUACUCUAAGUUGUCUUUUCUCAUUCGUUUAUAACUCUUCAAAUGUCUUAAUGGAUUAAGUAAUGUAGCUAUUGGUGAUCUCUUGGAGCUUUUGAAAGAAGCAUUUCCCAUGGCUAAUCUUCCUAAAUCCUCUUACGAAUCCAAGAAAAUUAUUAAGGAUUUAGGUCUUGAUUAUAAGAAGAUACAUACAUGUCCUAAUGAUUGUAUUCUCUAUAGGAAGGAAUAUGAAUCAGCUCAAGAGUGUCCUAAGUGUCAUUUAUCUAGGUGGGAAUCUGAUAACGUUCCUACAAAGGUUUUAAGGAAUUUUCCUUUGAAGCCUAGAUUACAAAGAUAAUAUAUGUGCUCAAAAAUAGUAGAAUCAAUGAUUUAGCAUCAUAAAGAACGUCUGGAUGACAAUAAAAUAAGGCAUCGAGCAGAUGGAUAAUCUUGGAAGCGAUUUGAUUCAUUUUACCCCGAUAGAGCCACGCAACAUUCGAUUAGCACUUGCUAGUGAUGGGUUCAACCCUUUUCGAACGAUGAGUGUUUCUCACAGCACAUGGCCAAUUGUAUUGAUCAACUAUAAUCUCCCUCCUUGGUUGUCAAUGAAACCCAAAUAUUUUAUGUUGUCUUUAUUGAUUCCAGGCCCUAAGUCACCAGGAGAUGAAAUAGACAUCUAUAUGCAACCAUUGAUCGACGAAUUGAAGGAAUUGUGGGAAAGUGGAGCAAAGACAUAUGAUGCAUUUCAUAAGAAAACAUUUAGGAUGCAUGCAGCUUUAAUAGGGACAAUAAAUGAUUUCCCAGCCAUUACACAUGUCCUUGUUGUAAUCAUGAUGUGACACCUCAGUAUUUAAAACAUAGCAAAAAAAAUUGCUACACAGAUUCGGCUGGAUGCAUGCCACUGAUGAUCCCCUAGCGCUUGGGUCUUAAGGAUGGUGGCUCUUGGAUAUUUGUUUGUUGUUCAUUUCUAUUGUUUCACUAAUUUUAGUUUUAUGUAUGUAGUCUUAAGUCGUAUCUUUGUAGUCUGAAAUGACAUUUUCACGAUUUGCUCUAAGAAAGUUGUGAUGUUAUAUAAGUAGGAAUGUUGUUUUUAUGCCUUAAUUCUUCAUUAAACUUGGUUGUUUUAUGUGUCUUAUAAUUUUCAUGUAGUGACUUCAAUAUUUAGAGAAUUAGUUUCACUUAUAGAUUUAUUACAUAAAAUUGGUUCAUUAAAUUUUCUUAAUGCUGGACAAGACCUUUUUAUAUCCUUUUGAACUCGGCGAUAAAGACUGAUUAGGUAUGUGGCCUUAUACAUUUUAUAAGGUUGGUUUUUUCCUUAUAUUUUUUGUUCUUUAGUUAUGUGUACUAUGUUGGUUGUAGGAUUAUAUUUCAUUCUUAUGUUGUUAAUUUUUUUAUUUUAGAAUAUGGCAAAGCAAGGAAAAAGUUUAGGUUCAAAGAAAGGCUUAAAAGUACUUGAACCAUUGAAGUUGACCGAAUAUGAGAAACAAAGGAACCUGACUCUCGAAAAAAUGCUCUCAAAUUCAAAGAGCUUGGGAUGGAAAAGUUAGCUAAUGAUUUAUUAGCCAAAGUUAAGAGCUUGCAGCAGAAAGAUAAAAAGAAACACAAGAUCAUAGAGUUGAAAGAUCAAGAUUAUGUGCAUGAUGAAGAUCAAUUUGAUUACAAUGAUGAUUCUGAACAAGAAUUUUUUGAAGUUUCAAGUAAUGAGAUAGAAGAAACUAAUGAGUUAGUGGAAACACUAACAAAUCUAUAUCUAAGAAGGAACUUGCAUCUGCUGAAAAAGAAAAUAAAAAAGAAGCCAUUAUGUCCUUCCAUGGCGAUGGAUGAUUUCAUAAAGUUGCAGCAACAAAAAGAUCCAAGUGAAACUCAACAAGUGGAUGUAAAGAUACAAAAUUUGGAAACACAUUUAAGAUCCAAGCGAAAGCAAACUGCUAUAAUUCCAUUUGAAAAUCAAACUGAUGUCAGCGUCAUAGAUAAUCCAGUAGUUGUCCCUCCGGAAAAGCAAGGCCCCAUAAAAAAAACUAGAGGGCCAACGAAUAUGUUUGAGGUUCAUGCUCGAAAAUGGGAAGACCGCGUGGCAAUCUACUGCAAUGAUAAAGGACAACCUAUAGGCCCUUCUAAAGCUAAGGAUGAACUUAGUCUAUUUUUGGGAACAAUUGUUCGCGAUCAAAAUUGGGCACCCUUAAUUUAUACUGAUUGGCACAAAGUACCUAACAAGGAUAAGAUUUGGGAAUAUGUUCAAGUAAACUCAAUUUGCAUAAAUUUUACUUGUUAAUUCUUGGUCAUAAAAAGAUCCUUUAUAUUGUUGUACUUCUUACUACAAUGGUGAUAACUUUUGUUUAACUAGAACAAGUACAUCCUUCCGACUAUAGCUAAAGAUUGUGUUCUUACAACUGUUGAUUAGUGUUGGAGCGACUCAAGAAAUUACAUUACUACUCAUAUUCCAUCAACAGUGAUAGAUGGACGUUUCGCCCAUUGAAUGUGCCUGAAGCACAUUUCAAAACUCUUCUAGCUUACUGGAAUACACAGGCAGCAAAGAUAAAUAAAAAAUAUUACAUUAUGAAUAAUUAUCCUUCUAUACAUCAUGCUUAACUUCUAUUUUCUUUUAUAAGAAAACGAGCUUGCAAAAUUUUGAAAAUCGCCAGCAACAAGACAACAUGCAUACAACUAGUCCUAAGGGUUUUGCGGGUAUACAUCAGGAAAUGGUGAGAAUUUUAUGCCAUACCUAAUUUCAAUAAUGAAAAGUUGAAUUUAUAUAUUAGUACAGUAAUGUUUAAUUUUGUAUGAAACGCAUUUAG